UCCCGAAAUCAUAAAACUCAUAAAUGCCAAGUUUGUACUCGCAAAUUCAACAGACUGGAACAUUUAAAUCGACAUAUCCGGACUCACACUGGAGAAAAACCCCAUAAAUGUACUUGGAACGGAUGUUCCAAAAGAUUCUCCCGAUCCGAUGAAUUGACAAGACAUAAAAGAACUCAUGAUAACGCAUUUAAAAAUAGAGAUCACCGAAAU